GACCAGGAAAUAAUCAUCUGGUGCCACAGAGGACAAACUCAGUUGAGCUAGUCAUGAAUGGUAUAAAGCGCCUCUCUCACCUGAAAACUGCUCAUCAUAAAACCUCAUGCCUCUCUUCGACACAUACGAUAUUGUUUUCGCUGGUGGUGGCACUGCCGCAUGUAUCAUCGCUGGUCGUCUUGUUCAAGCUGAUUCAUCGUUGAAGAUUCUGGUUAUAGAAGCAGGCCCGCAUAGUUUCAACCUGCACAAUCACGUUCAGCCCGCUAGAUACCUCAACAGCCUUGUUCAAGGUCAUACUGUUACAGUCCACAACAGUGUCCACAGUGAAGCGCUUGGUGGAAGAUCCGUUUCCGUUCCCUCUGGAUGCUGCGUGGGUGGUGGGUCCGCUGUGAACUUCAUGAUUUAUACCCGUGCUGCUGCAUCUGACUACGACGACUGGGAAAAAUUAGGUAAUUCUGGUUGGGGAUCAAAUUCACUUAUCCCUUUGGCCAGAAAGGUUGAAACCUACCAAGUUCACUCUGACAGCCCGUCAAUGCACGGUUUCACGGGACCCAUUAAAGUCUCUCAUGGAGGACACGACACCAACAUUGGCAAAGAGUUCUUAACUGCGGCGCAAUACGAUAAAGGCAGAAAAACUUCACCCUCCGCUGAUAUCAACGAUUUUCAAACAACGAAUGUAUAUGGGCCUUGGCACAAAUAUAUUGACUCAGAUACUGGAAAACGUUCCGACGUUGCACAUCAUUUUCUGUAUAAUCUUCCAAACUUUAGCUUGGACCCCAACGAAGGCAAUAACUUGCAUGUUCUGACCAACCGGCGAGUGGUCAAAGUGAUCUUCAAAGAUAAUCGUGCAAUCGGUGUUGAGUAUGUUGCUCGUGAAGAGUCUCGAUUGCAGCCUCGAAUCGCAUAUGCUUCCCGCCUAGUUGUACUUUCUAGUGGAGCUUUCGGGUCACCCGCAAUUUUGGAACGGCCUUCCUAUUUUCUGUUCUUAUUUGGUUCGCGGCCUCUAUGCAGUUCUGGAAUCGGGUCUGCACGUUAUCUAGCAGACACGGAUAUUCGUCAGAUAGUUGAUCUCCCAGGUGUAGGAGAAAAUUACAACGAUCAUACCCUCUGUGUUACCCCGUAUCUCGCCUCAGAAGACUCCGACUGUCUAGACGAUAUAUUCAAUGGAGAUGAAGAAGCUAUCAAACCCCAUCUCAAGGAAUGGCAAGAGGAAGGCUCAGGGCUUUUGGCACACAAUUCCGUAGAUGCGGGGGUCAAGUUACGGCCUACGCCAGAAGAGCUUGAAGAGAUAGGGCCCUCUUUCAGACAGAUAUGGGAGGAAUUUUACGUUGGGGCCCCGGACAAGCCAGUUGCGUGCUUAGUUCCGACUGCGGGGGAUGUCCAAAAUUCUGCUCCACCCGGGUUGAAGACAUUUGGAAUCAUCUUUUUUAUGGCGUACCCUCGGGCUACAGGCUACACCCAUAUCUCUUCUCCUACAAAUCCUUGGGCUCCUUUAAGGUUCGAUCCCAAGUUUGUAGAAGAUCCUGCGGAUCUCUCGGUCCUUCGAUGGUCCUACAAGCAUGCUCGUGAACUUGCUCGCCGGAUGAAGUCAUUCAGAGGAGAAAUUCCUGCUAGGCAUCCCAAGUUUUGUUCUAAUUCAUCAAUUUCCGGCGUCAGCAAUGGUACCCCGUGCACUAUGUCCUGCAAUGGUCCUUCGUACGUUGUACCUACCAAAAGCACAGCAUCCAUUGUCCCUUCUGCCUCUGGACCGUUUGCCAUUGAUUCCCCGAAAAUCGUUUAUUCAAAGGAAGAUGAUAGAGCCAUAGAUGAGUACAUUAGAGCCACCGUGGGUACGACUUGGCAUUCGCUUGGUACAUGCGCAAUGAAACCUCGAGAAGCCGGCGGAGUCGUCGAUUCUCGGCUCAACGUGUACGGAGUGGAGAAUCUGAAAAUAGCGGACAUGAGCAUUGCUCCACUAAACGUCGGAGCGAACACCAAUAAUACCGCACUUGUCAUUGGAGAAAAGGCCUUUCUCCUCAUUGCAGAAGAUUUGGGCAUCUCGCUUGAAAGUGAAACAAUCAGCCAAAGAGGUGUAGUUGUAAGUUAGCACGAUACGAAAAAUAGAGUUUGGAAUGGAAGGCCCUCCGUACGCGAUGCUGAUUCAAGUCGGGUGUAAGGGCUUGACAGACACCGCACGAUUGGUUAUAAGUCUAUACCGGAAGGUAUGUCUGAAAGACACGUAGGGGCAAGUAGGAUAUU